AUGCUGUUUGCGGCGAGGCUGAACUCGACCGCUAUCAAUUUUCUGCGGGCGAGCGUUAGCUUUGCGCCGACGAGUGUCCGAACAGGCGAAGCAAGCAUGAGGAAGACCGUGCUCGAUCGGUCUGCUGGCCAUUCGACUUGGUCGCACCUCCAAGGGUCAGAAUCGAUGAUAGCGGGCGCAGGCGCAGGACUCGUUUCUGCCAUCGUCACUUGCCCGCUCGACGUCGUCAAGACGAAGCUGCAGGCUCAGGGCUUCGUCCAAGCAGGCGCGAGAGGCUACCACGGUCUUUUCGGCACGCUUUCACGAAUAUGGCUCGAAGAAGGACCGCGAGGACUCUAUCGAGGUCUAGGUCCUACAGUACUCGGCUACCUGCCAACCUGGGCAAUCUAUUUCACAGUCUACGACAGAGUCAAACUGGCAAUGGCUCAGAAUACCCAAGCAGACGAGAACGAUUGGACGGCGCAUAUCACUGCCGCUAUGGUCGCGGGCGCCACAGGCACAAUCUGCACCAACCCGUUAUGGGUCAUCAAGACUCGCUUCAUGACACAGAAAGUAGGCGAAGGGGAAGAGCGGUACAAGCACACGCUCGAUGCUAUACAGCGUAUGUACAAGGCAGAAGGCUGGCAUGGUUUCUACCGCGGUCUCGUGCCUAGCUUGAUUGGCGUCACCCACGUCGCCGUUCAAUUCCCACUCUAUGAGCACCUCAAGCUCGUCUACAGACCGGCAGACGGAAGCGAGUCGCCUUCGAGGACGAUAUUGCUCUGCUCUUCUGCUUCCAAGAUGGUCGCUUCCAUUGCAACAUACCCCCAUGAGAUCUUGCGGACACGGCUGCAGAUACAGAAGGUCGGGCCGAAGAUCACUAGAGACGGUUCUGCGUUGGCCGACCAUCUCGCCACUCAGCAAGCGAAAGCUUCCAAUUCGUACCGCGGGAUCGUCAAGACUUUUCAGCUUAUCGUAAGGGAGGAAGGCUUCAGAGGCUUCUAUCGCGGUCUCGGCGUCAACCUCCUCAGGACAGUCCCGAGCAGUGCGAUGACUAUCUUGACAUACGAGAAGCUCAUGUGGCACUUGAGAGAUCUCAGCGGCAGCAUGAAUCAUCAUUAGCAUAUUGUAGACCGUGUAGACCAUGUUGUCACAUCAGCAGUAUCACUAGGACACCGUGACCUCUUCCGCGUAGAUACUUGCAGACCUCAAAGUGCAGCACACGUUGGAC